AUGGAGAGGCCCGGUUCGCGGGGCUCCCUGGCGCUGGCUGCUGCGGGCAUCUCCAAGGCGCCCACGGGGUCGCCGAUCGAGCGCCCGGAGCGUCCCAACACAGCCAACGCCAACAGCAGGCUCACCACCGGGCAGCCGCAGCAGCAGGCAGCAGCAAGCGGCGGCGCUCGCGGCGGCACGGCCCAGCCUCCAGGAACAGCGAUGAAGCACGGGGGCGUGCUGGGUGGUGCGGCGGCGAUCGUCCGGGGCACGCCGGCGCCGAGCGCCCGCCCGCUGACACAGCAAGGCGUCGGCGGCUUGGCCAAGCCUGGGACCUCCGCGGGCGGCAGGCAGGUGCUCGACCGCAACUACUUUCUGAGCCAGCUGCGGCAGAAGCGGCAGGAGAUCAUCAAUGCAACGCACGAGCUGCAGGAAGAGGUCGAGGAGCUGCAGCAGCACCAGGCAGCGGCGGCGCGCGCGAACAAGCGGGCCGGGGAGCUACAGGCGCAGGUCCGCGCGCUGCAGGAGUCGCUGGCGGAUGCAAACAUCGUUCUGGACAAGGCGGGGUUGCAUGCGCCACUUGACUCGAUAGCGGCAGAGCUGGACGCGGCCAAGUCGCGCAACAACGAGCAGCGCGCGCGCGCCGAGGGCAUGGCGGCGGAUAGGAUGGCGCUCGAGGCGGCGGCGCGGCAGGCGGAGGCGCGUGUGGCAGACCUGGAAGCUGCUGCAGAGGCGCGGCUCGCCACGCUGCCGCCAGGGCAGAGGGCUGCAUACCAGGCGCUGCAGCAGGAGCACGAGGGCUUGCUGGCCGACGCCGCGGCCAGGGAGGCGGCGCUCGCUGAGCUGGAUGAGGCGGUGGCGGCGGCGGAGGGGGAGCUGGGGCGCAACCCGGCAAAGCGGCGCACUCUUGAGCUGCAGGAGGCGGUGCGGCAGCUGCAGCAGCAGCACGCUGACCUGGCGGCUGCAGAGGAGCGCGCAAAGGCGACGCCGGAGGAGCAGAGGGAGGCGCUCAUGUCAAAGGCGCCGCCCGAGAAGGGCACCGCCCACGUGGACGUCGAAGUGAAGCGCGACAACGCUGAGCUGGAACGGCUUGCCGCCGAGGCCAAGGCGACCCAAGAGGAGGUUAGGGCACUGGAGGCCCGGCAGCAGCAGGCCGGCGCGGCAGGCGGCGGCGGCUGCGGCGGAGUUCGGGCGGAUGCAGAGGAUGAGCGCGCACGGCGUGAGAAGUUUGAGGAGCUCUGUGCCAAAGACCGGGAAAUUACGGCCUUCAUGGACGCCUUCCCGGCGCGCCGUGAAGACAAGCGGCGCGAGCUGGCUGAGCGGCGGGACGCCGCAGAGGCGGCGAUUGAGCGGCUGGCACGCCAGCUGGCUGCGGGCGGCGGCGUGGGCGCCGCCCCAGCGCGUGCGGCCCAGGCCGCCCGCCCUGAGCAGCAGCAUGCGCCCGCCGAAGGCUCCGCCGCUGAGCUUUCUGCUCGCAGCGCUGAGCUGGCGAAGAUCCAGGGGUUGGGGGCCAAGAUCACAGAGGAGCUUGCCGCCUUGGACAGGCGGAUUUCCGAGGCAGAGGCAGAGGCCGGGAAGCUAUCCGACGUCGGCGCGGCGCGCGCGGCGGCCGAGGCCCGGCAGGCUGAGCUGGAGUCGAAGAGGGAGGAGCUGGCCAGGGGCAGGGAUGCGGCAAAGGCGGCCCUUUCCGAGAAAACGCGGCGGCAAGAGGCCAAGGAGUCCGAGCUCUCGCACCACCCGGCCUGGCCGGCCGCGCGCAGGGCGGAGGAGCACCUCGCGUCCCUGCAGCAGCAGGCGGCCGCGGCACGCGCAGCGGUCGUGGCGCGGGCGGCAGAAGCAGACUGCUCUGAGCUGGCGGCGCGCGUGGCAUCCUUAGUGUCAGAGGUCAACGCGCUCCUUUUGGCCAACCCGAUGACGGGCUGA